AUGUCAUCCACUACUUUAUGUGAAAAUAAAUAUAAUGAUAAAGACUCGAACGAACAAGAAUUACACAAUAAAAAACGAAUAAUACUUUUCGCUUUCAAUAACACUGAAGCUUCACGUGCAAUUUAUCAAUGGGCUCUCGAGAAUUACUUUCAAAGUGAAACCGAUCAUAUAUAUUUGCUUUCUGUAAUAAAAACUCCGCAAAUCUUAUCCCAAACACGCACUGCCGAUUUAUGGAUAUUUGGAGCGGGAAUGCUUAGCGGGGUCGCAGUUGAAAUGUUUAAUUACAAGGAAUAUUUGCAUUGGCAACAAAAAAAAGAAGCUGAAGUUCGAUCGUAUUUAGAAGAGCUUAAAAACGAAUUAUCAUCGAGAAAUAUAACCAGUAGUAUGAUAAUUAUAGAGGGAAAUCCACACGAUGAAAUCUUAAAUGUGUGCGAUAAUGUUAACCCAGAUGUAGUAUUAAUGGGUACAAGUUUGAACAAGAAGAAUCUUUUUUCGCGUUCAUCGUCAAAAGUUUCUGUUUUACAAAAAAAAUUAACUUCAACUCCGAUUGUCACAUUGAGCAGAGAAAACAAACCUCAACAACUGAAUAGUGAUUCAUCAAAGAAAAAAAUUCGUAAAACCUUUGGAUUCAUCAAACACUCUUUAUGUCAACGAGCUAGUUACUCGAGUCUAUCGAAGGAAAAAAACACUUAUACGAAACUUGAAUAA